GGUUUGCCUCGGUGUGUGCGUGUCCGCCUCGGCCUGCCCUGCUGGACGCUGGCUGGGAAAGAUAGAGGCGGAGAGGGACUGGUGUAGGAGUGAAGAAGCUGUGAUACAGAUACCACCUCAAGGGAAUGUACAAGUUUAGGACCGAAAUCAACCACAAGACGCCGAGUCUUCGUGCCUAGAGACUCAACAUAUUACCCGGUUUCUCAUGGAAGCAGAUGGAUUUGUGAGGAGGCGUCGGAUGACAGCGGAGACAACAGGCGGUGAUCCCGGGGUUGCUGGUGCCUCAGCCGGGGCAGAAGUUCGAUGGCUGGGGGGCAGAUUCUGGGGAGUUUCGGAAAGUAUCGUGGGAAGCCUGACACCCCGGAUCGGAGGCGAGACAGAGCUACAGACUGUUGAUUUUAUCCGUAGUGCACAAGAUGCAGAAACAGAGGACUCUGAACCAGACUAUGAGGGCUUGCCACAGGGAGCUUCCACUAGCACCCACAUGUUGGCUGGAGCGGUGGCCGGGAUCAUGGAGCACUGCCUCAUGUUCCCCAUCGACUGUGUCAAGACACGAAUGCAGAGCCUCCAGCCCGACCCCGCAGCACGCUACAGAAACGUAAUGGAUGCUCUUCGCCGAAUUGUAGCCACAGAGGGAGUCUGGCGGCCAAUGAGAGGGCUCAAUGUGACAGCAGUUGGGGCGGGACCUGCCCAUGCCCUCUAUUUUGCCAGCUAUGAGAAACUAAAAAAGACUCUAAGUGAUGUCAUUCACCCAGGGGCUAACAGUCAUUUGGCUAAUGGAGCAGCUGGGUGUGUGGCCACACUGCUUCAUGAUGCAGCCAUGAACCCAGCUGAAGUUGUGAAGCAGCGCAUGCAGAUGUAUAAUUCACCAUACCGUGGCGUGUUGGACUGUGUACGCGCUAUAUGGCAGAAAGAGGGCCCUGCUGCGUUCUACCGCAGCUACACCACCCAGCUCACCAUGAACGUGCCCUUCCAGGCGCUCCACUUCAUGACCUACGAGUACCUUCAGGAGCUGCUCAACCCCCACAGACAGUACAAUCCUUCAUCCCACAUGUUGUCUGGAGCUUUGGCUGGAGCCAUCGCAGCUGCAGCCACCACACCUCUAGACGUCUGCAAGACCCUGCUCAACACCCAGGAGUCUCUAGCCCUCAGCUCCCUGCCUUCUGGCCAAGGCCAAGGAGCCCACAGACACAUCUCAGGCCUGGCCCAUGCCUUCCGGACAGUUUACAGGCUGGGCGGCCUCCAGGGCUUCUUCAAGGGAGUCCAGGCAAGGGUCAUCUACCAGAUGCCCUCCACAGCCAUCAGCUGGUCAGUGUAUGAGUUCUUCAAAUAUGGACUCACCAAGCACCAGCAUGACAAAAGGAGAGCGCAGCACAUGGAGGCUGAGAUGUAGAUAUCUCCUCAGUUUAAUCCCCUCUCAUACUGCUCUGCUCUCCAUGUGAGGAGAAGAUGAAGUUAAUACGCACAUAGAAUCUGACUAAAAUUCACCUCAGUUGUCCCAUCCCUUUCAGACAUAGCGGAUAAGAAAGACAUCUUCAAAGACAGCUGGAUUAGUUAUAUUUCUGCUACACUUUUUCAAGACUAGGUAUGGUUUGAGUUACGUCGUUUCUCUCUUCUGUGAGAAAGAAUUUAAACAGCACGAUAGAACUAGUUAAUCUGGAGAUGUUUUAAAACCAUUCUAGUGGCCACUACAUUUGUCCAAGCUUAGGAUAAAUGUGAAGAAUACGUAAUUUUUCACUUGGAAAGGUAGUCAGCAGAGGGCAGUAGUGUUUCUUUUUUAAUUCUCAUAAUUUUGCUGUCUUAGGACCAGAUUUUUUUUUUCACCCAUUCAAACUUUGAGCUUGCAAAUAAAGAUUAUAAUUCCAAAGCCCUCUCUAGAUUUAUGAACAGACCUUUAAAUAUAUAUAAAUAUAGCGCUCUCAUAACAGACAGUUCUCAGAGUAAUCCUAGACAAGACAAGUUUGUUUUGAUGUCUAGUUUGGCCUACACACAGGCAUUCAGUUCUUUAGCAAAAAUAUCUUAUUGCUUUGAUACAAGUCAAAAGUAUUUCAGCCGUUUAGAAUCAAAAGAAAAGCGACUUUAGAACAUUUUGUCAGUCAUCUUAACGCAAUCAUUUCCGGAUAUGGCCCUGUACCCAGAUACCCUUUGUGGAAAUUCAGUGGAAUCCUGCCAACAUGGUAACUGUAAUUGUCAAGAGCAAAAAGUAAGACCAGCUUUUAAAGCCUGAUUAAGUGAACUGUGUUAAAAAGCCAUUGAUCAGAUUUGGGGUUCCAUUUUUGAUUUGCUAUUGGCAGUUAAAGGAAUUACUGUAAUUAAUCAAAUAUUUUUUCAAAGGUCAGUGUUUAAGAUUGUUCCCUGUGAUGUAACUGACAAAAAUACCGUUUUCAGUCGCUCUAAAGUAUCUGAAGUGUGUGUUUAAUUUAUUUUCAAUUACAUUGACUCCUUGAAUUGUAUUUUAUUUCCAGCAAAUGUAUAACUUGAAACUUUACCUUUUUGUUUUCCCCAUUUCCCCAUGUGUUUAAUCAACCCUUGGAACAUACAAAUACUCACCAUUAAUGCCUUGUGUACCUGUUUGGCAGAGCAGACCACGGCAGCAUUAGUAUGGCCAUUUCUGUGCAUUAACUGUAGCUAUGAGCCUGUCUUCAGCCUGUGAACUACUGAGUUUCAAUAUCUGUGCUCAACAGCAAAGGUUAUGUACAUUGCACUGUGCCCAAAAGAAUUUAACUCGAAAGAAGUUCAGUAUCCCAUAAAAUAUGUAUCUGCACCCCCAUGGAGUAUACAUAAAUGAAAGCUGUCAUUCUUAUCGAUUGAUGUCUGAUUGUUUCUGACACUGAAUUGCACUCGUUGAAUAAAGACUGAGCAGCGGGGCACUACUCACUGCUCAUAAAUGA